GCGGCUGGGGAGAUGUUGCUGUUACGGUCAAUGCGCUUCCACCUCUUCGCGCGGACGGGGAGCUCCCCGGCAGGGCCCCUUCCGCUGCAGUCGCCCCAGCUAUGGCACACAUUUCACGCAGGGCCCUGGCUGUCUUCCUCGGCCUCCAGCAAGGAGCUCCUCAUGAAGCUGCGGCGAAAAACGGGCUAUUCCUUUGUAAACUGCAAGAAGGCUCUGGACACUUGUGGCGGGGAUCUCAAACAGGCAGAGAGCUGGCUCCAUGAACAGGCCCAGAAGGAGGGCUGGAGCAAAGCUGCCAAGCUUCAUGGCAGGAAGACUAAAGAAGGCCUGAUUGGGCUGCUGCAGGAAGAAAACACAACUGUGUUAGUAGAGGUAAAUUGUGAGACAGAUUUUGUUUCAAGAAACCUCAAAUUUCAACAGUUGGUCCAGCAAGUAGCCCUGGGAACCAUGUUGCAUUGUCAGAGCCUGAAGGAUCAGCUGUCCACAUACAGUAAGGGCUUCUUGAACUCCUCUGAGCUCUCCGAACUCCCCGCGGGGCCCGAGAGAGAAGGCUCUCUCAAGGAUCAGCUGGCCUUAGCAAUUGGGAAACUGGGAGAAAACAUGAUUCUUAAGCGCGCUGCAUGGGUGAAGGUGCCCACUGGCUUCUAUGUUGGCUCUUACGUCCAUGGAGCAACGCACAGUCCCUCACUCCACAACCUUGUGCUGGGGAAGUACGGGGCCCUGGUCGUCUGCGAGACGUCUGAGUGCAAGGUGAACCUGGAAGACCUGGGCCGCCGCCUCGGCCAGCACGUGGUAGGCAUGGCCCCUCUGUCUGUCGGCUCCCUGGACGACGAGCCUGGGGGAGAGGCAGAAACCAAGAUGCUGUCCCAGCCGUACUUGCUGGAUCCCUCUAUCACGCUGGGACAGUAUGUGCAGCCCCAGGGGGUGUCUGUGGUAGACUUCGUGCGGUUCGAAUGUGGAGAAGGGGAAGAAGCAGCAGAGGCUGAAUAGGUUCCAGAGACUUGAGGUCCAGGAAGAAAUGUUUCUUCUUAGUUCUGAACAUUAUUACAAAAAGAAGUUAUUUCCUAAGCUUCUUAAAACUUAGGAUUUGUUUUUCAUUUGAGUUUAUAAUGAAAUUAUACUUCAUGGGUAAAAUUAUGAAAUAAAAUUGUUAUAUAAUAAA